AUGGAAGCUGCACAUAAGGACGCCGCCGAGUUACAGUUAUCGGCAGCCACCGAUGUGCCUGUCAAUCGAGUUGGACAUUCAACAAAACCCAAGAAAUGGAAGCAUCACAAACACGCCAAAGAGAGCAGCAAGUGCAUCAAUUGUGGGAAAACUAACCAUUCCUCCGAGAAAUGCAGACUGAAAGAUGCAGUUUGUCAUCACUGUAAAGCAAAGGGACAUAUAAAGGCUAUAUGUAGGAAGCUUAAGUCGGUGCAGUGUAUGGAGGAAAACGUUUCAGUGAUCAACACUGUGAACAAAGGAGACAACGGGAAAAUCAUCGUUAAGCCGAAGAUUAACGAUGUCGAGGUACCCAUGGAGCUUGAUACAGGAUCAGCAGUUACCCUCAUAACAAUCAAGGAUUUCCGAAAACGAUUCGGAAAUAUGAAGCUCGAUCCAGCUUUUUCCAUACUGAAGACAUAUUCAGGCGAUGUCAUAGAGCAACAAGGGACAGUUAUGGUGCAUGUCAGUUAUAAUGGACAAUCGCGAACAAUGCGACUUUGCGUCGUAAAAGGUGAUGGGCCUGCACUGUUCGGAAGGGACUGGCUGAGUCACAUCAAACUGGACUGGGACACACUUUUUAACGUGAAAUCUGUGACAACGGAAGGCCUGAAGGUACGUCUAAAUUCUAUACUUGACAAACAUAAAGACGUGUUUAGUGACGGUAUAAGACAGGUGAAGGGCAUUAAGGCAAGGCUCACCCUAAAUGAAAAUGCUCAGCCUAAAUUCAUAAAGGCUAGGCCGGUACCGUACUCUAUUAAGCCAAAAAUAGAGAAAGAACUGGACAGUCUCGAGAGUCAAGGAAUCAUCUCGAAAGUGGACACCAGUGAAUGGGCGACACCGAUCAUUCCUGUCGUAAAAGGAAACGGCGAUGUGAGAAUAUGCGGUGAUUUUAAGGUUACCUUAAAUCAAUCAAUCAAGGUUGAUAGAUAUCCUCUCCCAAGAAUCGAGGACAUUUUCGCCAAUCUGUCAAAUGGGCGAAAGUACAGCAAGCUUGAUAUACGACAAGCGUACUUACAACUAGAAUGCGAGGACGAAACCAAGGAGUUGCUUACGAUCAACACCCACCGAGGAUUGUACCGUAACAACCGGAUGCUAUAUGGGGUUUCUUCUGCUCCAGCUAUAUGGCAACGCACAAUGGACCAAAUUCUUCAAGGAAUCCCUGGGGUGCAGUGCAUGCUCGAUGAUAUGGUGAUUACUGGUGAAAGUGAUAAUGUGCAUUUGGAUAACUUACAAAAGGUGUUGUGUAGGUUACAGCAAUAUGGAAUUAAAGUAAAUGAGGACAAGUGUGAGUUGUUCGUGCCAAGGAUUACAUUCUGUGGUCAUGAAAUUGACGAACAAGGUUCUAUGGAAGUGUCAGGAUAA